CUUGUCAAAAAGUUUAUUAACUGCUGAUUGUUUUUUUUUUAAGUGUAAAGUGUAGUUUUUUGGUUGUUUUGUUGUUGCUUGGUCUUUCGAAAAAUGGUAACAAAAGAAAAUAUUCUCGAGCAGUUCGAGAUGUUCAACAUAAACCCUAGCGAAGCAAUUCUAAUGAAAUGCGUAGAAUUAUGCGAAAAAUAUAAUAUCGAUGAGGAGGCUUUCGUGGAACAAUGGUUCGCUUUCACCACGUCAAAUUUAAAAGGAGCAGCCCCCACAAUAGAAUACUUGGAGAGGUUAGAAAGAAAAGAACUAGUAAACAAUCAAAACCAUGAUAAUGUGCAAAGUGACGUUUGCAUGGAUGCGAAUGAACCUAUGGAAUUAUCAAGUUCUCCGUCACAGUUAUCUGCCCGUCCAUCCGAAGAUAAUGUCCCAAACACGCCUAAGGCUCAUGCACCACCAUUAUCCAGAAUUAACACUCCUGUUCGACCCAAAAAACUUCAAGUGGACCAAGUGACUGAUAUUUCUAGUCAAAUAUCUAGUCCAUCUGUUGGUUUAGAUACAUACAAAAAACGUGAUGAGGCCUUAUCGGUCCGGUUCUACUACGGCUCCAAAAAUGCAAAGUUCAAACGCGAAUCCGAUUUGGAAAUAUCUGCUAAACCGGUAUACGAUGAUGGCAUGAAAUCCGAUCAGAAAUUCAUGCUGGAAUAUAUUGGAAAACGUGUGGGAUGCAUGGAUAAUAUGGUGGAAGAUUUAGCGCAGGCCAUUAUCAACUCACGGCAUCCUUAUAGGUCUACACAAAAUUCGAACACCGACGAAAUAAUGCUUUACGGCCGCAUCAUAUCCCUAUCAUUCAAGCGUUUGGACGCAAACAGUGUCCUUCUUGGACAAACGUGGAAAUUCCGCGGGCAAACGGUAGCUCUAGACUUGUCAAAAUUGUUGGAAUUCUCGGUUUUCCCUGGGCAGGUGGUGGUUGCUUACGGAAGAUUAAGGAACACGACCCCUGAGCUAGCCACCCUAGAAGUAAACGAGUUGCAUGCAAAGACUGAUUUAGCGCUAUUGGAAGAACCGCCCCUUGUUAGCGGUCCUCCCCUCGAAAUGGUUAUAGCCUGUGGCCCCUUCACUUUAAACAGUAACCUCAACUUCGAACCGUUACACGACCUACUUAAAUACGUCAAAGAAACGAAUCCUCACGUUUUACUGCUCAUUGGACCGUUUUCCGACAAAACUCACCCUGGCAUUUUACAAGGAGAACUCAGGCAGUCUGUCGAUAGCUUAUUCAUUGAUCUAGUCGAUACGAUCUCUAAAGAAAUAACCGAGACUCAAAUUAUAAUAGUCUCCUCGCAAAAGGAUCCUCAUCACUUUCCAGUGUAUCCGACGCCCCCUUACGACGUGGGGCAACAAUAUCCGAACAUUACCUUUAUGCCUGAUCCAUGUAUGGUUAAUAUUAACGGUUUAGUCCUGGGAGCCACAUCUGUAGAUGUCCUUUUUGAUAUGGGUUGUUCUGAACUCUAUGUGAAUAAAACAAACUCAGCUGAUCUUCGUAUGCCUCGUUUGGCGAGUCAUAUUUUAAAACAACAGUCGUUUUAUCCUUUGGAUCCACCAGGCAAAGGCGUUUAUAAGGACUACAGUCUUAUGGAGAGAUAUGGGCUUUUGUCGGACAAACCCCAUGUGCUAGUGUUGCCUUCUGCGCUAAGACAUUUUGUUAAAGAUGUGGAUGAAUGUUUGAUAAUAAACCCGGAAAGGUUGGUAAAAGGUAAUGGGGGCGGUACUUUCGCAAGGUUGGAAAUAACCCCAGGAAAUAGUCGGAGCGUUUGUGAGAGGAGCGCUUGUCAAAUUUUAAAGAUUUAAGUCGUUUUCUUAUGUAUUAUUAAUUUAUUUUUUAGAUUCAUAUUUUGUUUCCUAUUAUUGUAUAUGCAUAAAAUGUAUAUUGCUAAUAUAAAAACAUCUACGUUAA